UGCUUCUACACUCUUCAUUCCGCUGCCUCUACAGCUCUACCUCGUGGAGAUGGGGGGCAUGGAGUCCGACGAGGGACCGGCGAUCGGCAUCGACCUCGGGACGACCUACUCGUGCAUGGCCGUGUGGCGGCAGUCGCACAACCGAGUGGAGAUUAUCCCCAGCGACCAGGGCAACCUCACUAUGCCGUCCUGCGUUGCCUUCACCGAGGCUUGGAGGCUCAUAGGCGACGCGGCUGUGAACCAGGCCGCCAUGAACCCCGUCAACACCGUCUUUGAUGUGAAGCGCCUUAUUGGCCGGAAAUUCAGCGACAAGUCAGUGCAGGGAGAUAUCAAGAUGUGGCCUUUCAAAGUUGUCUCAGGUCCUAGUGACCGGCCGAUGAUCGUGGUGCAGUACAGGAACGAGGAGAAGCAGUUUGAGGCCGAGGAGAUCUCAGCCAUGUUGCUUGGCAAGAUUCGGGAGACAGCUGAGGCCUACCUCGGUAGGAAGGUGCAGAAUGCGGUGAUUACUGUCCCGGUCUACUUCAACGACUCCCAGCGCCAAGCCACCAUUGACGCCGGGGCCAUCGCUGGCCUCAACGUGAUGCGCAUCAUCAACGAGCCCUCCGCUGCAGCCAUCGCCUAUGGCUUUGGCAAGAUGUCCGACAGCGAUAAAGUGGAGACUGUUCUCGUGUUUGAUCUUGGUGGCGGAACCUUGGAUGUCUCCAUUGUCAAAGUUGAUCCGGGUGCCGACAUUGACAUGGGCGUCUUUGAGGUCAAGUCUACGUCUGGUAACACCCACCUUGGCGGGGAGGAUUUCAACAACCUCAUGGUGAAGCACUUCGUGCGAGAGUUUCUUAAGAAGUACAAGAAGAACGACAUCAGGGAAAACCCAAAGGCGCUUCGGCGGCUCAGGACGGCCUGCGAGAAGGCCAAGAGGGUGCUGUCGAGCACGACUCAGGCAACCGUUGAGAUCGACUCGCUUCAUGAUGGCAUCGACUUCUACGGUGCCAUCACUCGCGCAAAGUUCGAGGAGCUCAACUUGGACCUCUUCCGCAAGUGCAUUGUGCAUGUGGAGAAGUGCCUCAGCCUCGCCAAGAUGGAGAAGUCUCAGAUCCACGACGUCGUGCUCGUGGGUGGCUCCAGCCGGAUCCCAAAAGUCAGGGAGCUACUCAAGGAUUUCUUCCAAGGGAAAGAGCUCUGCACGAAAAUCAACCCUGACGAGGCCGUCGCCUAUGGUGCCGCCGUACAAGCCGCGAUCCUCAGCGGUGAAGGUAAUGAGGAAGUGCGGGAUGUGCUCCUGCUCGACGUCACGCCGCUCUCGCUUGGAGUGGAGACGGAAGGUGGUGAGAUGAGCGUGGUGAUCUCUAGGAACACCACCAUCCCGGUCAAGAAGGACAAGGUUUAUACGACUUGCCACGACAACCAGACAAGGAUACUCUUUCAGGUGUACGAGGGCGAGGGGUCGGAGACCGUGGACAACAACCUCCUCGGCAAGUUCACUCUCCGUGGCAUCUCCCGAGCUCCCAGGGCCGUGCCAAAGGUCAAUGUCACCUUUGAAAUCAAUCCGGACUGUAUUCUGAAGGUAACGGCGGUGGACAUGAGUACGGGAAACACUAACAACAUCACUAUCACAAGAGAUCAGGGGCGGCUCAGCGCGGAGGAGAUCGAGCGGAUGGUGCGUGAUGCCAACAAAUACAAUUCAGAGGACAAGAAGGAAAUGGAGAAAAACGGCCACACAGAAUUGGUUGAUAUCUAA